GCUCCCUCUAGUCGCAGCCUCACAUUCAGGCUUUAACAACAAGGAAGUGACCGACUAGCCAGCAGACUGCUGUCAAGAUGGCACCGAGUGGACUGAAAGCGGUAGUAGGAGAAAAAAUCCUCAAUGGGGUCAUCAAGAGUGUGAAGAAGGACGGAGAAUGGAAGGUUCUUAUCGUGGAUCACAUGAGCAUGCGGAUUCUGUCCUCUUGCUGCAAGAUGUCUGACAUCUUGGCAGAGGGGGUGACCAUUGUGGAGGACAUCAACAAACGCAGGGAGCCCAUCUCUAGUUUGGAGGCCAUUUAUUUGAUUUCACCUGUGGAGAAGUCGGUUCGUGCCCUCAUUAACGACUUCAAAGACGCUGCCUUUACUUACAAAGCAGCACACAUCUUCUUCACUGACACUUGUCCAGAUGAUCUCUUUGCUGAGAUUGGAAGAUCCAGAGUGUCCAAGGUCGCCAAGACUUUAAAAGAGAUCAACGUUGCUUUCCUGCCGUAUGAGUCUCAGGUUUUCUCCCUGGAUGAUCCGACCUCCAUGUACUCCUUCUAUAGUUCUAAGCCAAAUGAAAACAAAGACAAAAUGAUGGAAAUCCUGGCGGAGCAGAUCGCGACCCUGUGUGAUACACUUAAGGAGUACCCUGCAAUCCGUUACCGCAAGGGACCGGAGGAGAACGCUAGACUGGCUGAAGAGGUCUACCAGCGCCUUACUGCUCACAAAGCUGACAACCCAAGCAUGGGAGAGGGUGCAGAUAAGGCGCGAUCCCAGCUACUGAUUGUUGAUCGUGGGUUUGAUCCCAUCUCGCCGAUUCUACAUGAGUUGACCUUCCAGGCGAUGGCCUACGACUUGCUAGAUAUCAAACAGGACAUCUAUUCUUAUCAGUCAACCGGAAUUGGGAAUUCGAAUGACAGAGAAGUGUUGUUGGAUGAAGAUGAUGAGCUCUGGAUUCAGCUCAGACAUAUGCACAUUGCUGAUGUCACCAAGAAAGUGACAGAGCUUCUUCGCACCUUUUGUCAGAGCAAGAGAAUGUGCACCGACAAUGCCAACAUAAAAGAUCUCUCUCAGAUGUUGAAGAAGAUGCCACAGUACCAAAAGGAGCUGAGCAUGUACUCUACUCACUUGCACCUCGCCGAAGCCUGUAUGAAGAAAUUCAAGGCCUCUCUUGAUAAGCUCUGUGAAGUGGAACAGGACCUGGCGAUGGGAACAAACGCAGAAGGGGAACCUCUGAAGGAUGCCAUGAAGAGCAUCGUUCCUGUGCUCCUCAACAAUGAAAUUGAGGCCUAUGAGAAAAUCCGCAUCAUUCUGCUGUACAUAUUCCACAAGAAAAAAGGCAUCGGAGAGGAGAACCUUGCCAAGCUCAUCCAGCAUGCAAACAUACAGGCCGACAGCAACAUCAUCACCAACCUGCAGAACCUGGGCUGUAACAUCAUAGCCGGGGGCCGCAAUAGUGGGAAAACGCUGCCAGAUCGGAAGGAGCGCACAGAGAACACGUACCAGCUUUCUAGAUGGGUACCCAUCAUCAAAGACGUCAUGGAGAGUGCCAUAGAGGACAAGCUGGACAGAAAGCAGUGGCCGUUCAUCUCUGAUCCUGCUCCCAUCAACACAACUCAGACUGCAGUCAGUGCACGAUUUGGACAUUGGCACAAAAAUAAAGCCCCGACAGAGUAUCGCUCUGGCCCUCGACUUAUUAUAUUUGUGAUCGGUGGGGUGUCGCAGUCAGAGAUGCGCUCUGCCUAUGAAGUCACUCGAGCCACUGAUGGGAAAUGGGAAGUGCUGAUUGGGUCCUCUCACAUCCUGACCCCAACCAGCUUCCUUAAUGACCUGAAGAGUCUGGACCAAGUCCCUAAUCCUGAUUGUUAGAUAGUCAGACCCUGAACAGGGACGAGUACACUGGAAUAAGGGUUUAGUCUUUCGUUUGAGAUGAUUGGUCGCUGGUUUUCUGUCAAAGCAUCUCCGACGUCUGAAGUGAAAUCUUAGAUGUAGCCAUGGAAGGAAACAUUUAUUUUAGAAAGGCCUUUUUAUUGUUUGUUGUGAAUUGGGUUCUGUAUACUGCUGUGAUUGAAAUUGUAUUAAAUAUUUAACUAGAAAUUAUUAAUAUUUUGAUUAUUUUACUAUUCUCAUUCUAAUUCUUAUUUUUGUUACUUUAAUAUAUAAUUGAUUUCCCUAAUUUUGUACUCAAAAGAAUUGCAUCAUUCCCACAAAACUAGAUAAUCGCACACCCAAAAUCAUGUCUAAUGUAGAUGUAUAUAAGUCAGUAGAGUAUGUAUCGUAUAUUCAGUGACGUUAAGUGAACUUUUUUUUCUCUCUAGGUACUUUUUUUUCACCUGUCUGGGAAAUUUAAUCUCAGACAAAAUGUCUCAACCUGCUGUCUUGUGAAAUCUUGCACAUUUACCAAAUACUUUUAAUAUAUUGCUGGGAGCAAAGUGUGGUGGGUGGGUGGGUGUUUCUUUGUUGUUAAAAAUGAGUAAUAAAAGAAACAUGAUAUUCACUUCAAA